GCGGAAGGUAACUGAAAUGGCUUCUGUUGGAGCAGAUGAAGGGAAUUCGGUUGUAGAUGGUACUGGUAGUGACUCCGACACUCAGUCUCCCUCCGCCUCCUCCUUCUCUUCCGGCGGUCAAUCAGAAGAUGAAAAUGACGAUGAGUUGCGGACUUUACAGUGUACCGUGCCCUUUCAAGAUAUCAUUCCAGAUGAAACACAAGUACUGGAUUAUCAAACUCAAUUGUUGAAUCUUGGGGAUGAAACACAAGUACUGGAUUAUCAGGAUUGGAAUGAAAAUAUGACCCAGUUGGUGAAUGGGUGUGAUGAUGAGAUGUUGACCGACAGUGAUAGUCAAGGAACAAAUGGAACCCUAGUAUUGACUGAUGUUGAUGAUAAUGAUGGCUCUGAAAGAGGAAUAGGGGAUGAUGUAGUUGAGAUGGAGAAAAGACAACUUAGUCCUUCCAAUGAUCAAGCAGAGAAGGACCAUGUGGUGGAUUCUGAUGCCUCAACCGAUGAUGAGCACGGUUCAGCAUCUUUAAGGGAUUCUAGUCCAGUCGUCGGUGGUAUAACAUGUGGGGGAACUCAAAUCUUGCCAGAUUCUAACCCGAGUAACAGUCAAUUUGGAUUGGAAGUUGUUCACGACCAUGAUAAAUGGAGAUGCGAUGGUAGCUUGAAGAAACCUGGGAAUGCAAGUAAGUGCACAGUGGGUAAUCCAAGAGUGAGACAACUUUUUAAAGAUGAUUCACUUGCCGGAUAUAAAGAAUCCAACUGUAAUAUUGAUGGCAAGAAUGGGGGGACAGAAUCACCUCAGUUGGUUGCUGAUGAUCACAAAUUUGUGGGGUUAAGCUAUGCUGAGUCUCAAGAACCUGGUGAACAGUCUCAGGCCAAUGCACUGGAUGUUGUGGAUAGGUUUCUGUCAGUCAAUAAUGUUGAGUUGUCUCAGGAUGUUCACCAUGGAACAACCAUCAAGGGGAAUUCACCUCCUGUCUUGAAAGCAAAGGGGCCUCAAAGUUUGGCUAAGAGACCCAAUCUUAGCCCAGUUGGGACGGUGGGAGUCUAUGACUGGAUUGACAGCCGUGAGGACGAAGGAGGAGGAUGUUUCUUCACAAAGAGGAAGGAAUCAUUCUUUGAAAAAGAAGGCCAUGGGAGGAGAUCUCUUACCCAACCCCAGAACUCCAGGCGUAAGAGAGGCAGAAACCUGACUGAGGAGUCGGGACAGAAGGAAAAAGGCUUCAACCUCCAUCAGAAGAUAAUCGGUUUAACCCAUUCAGAUUCAAGGUUAAUGUUGCACAAUUCUAAAGCGGUGCACUCAGCUGAAACAAAAACCAAAAAGAAUCUUGCUGGGGAGUUGGAUAAACAGUUAAAUGUAGAAUCUCCGGGAAAAAAUUUGGAUGUACCUGGGAUUAACUCAGAGACACCUGGCGCAUAUGAAGUUGGUUUUGAUACACAAAUGGCUGCUGAAGCAAUGGAAGCCUUGUUCUAUGGAGACCCUUCCAAUCAGGACGUGACUGAUGCUCAUCAAGUUACAGAUAUGGUGCCUUGUUUAAAGCAUGUUUCCCCUAAGAAGAGGGCUCAUCCUCCUGGUUCUGGUGGCAAUAUGAGGCAAUCAAAGCAAAAGAAGAUGCUUGAAACCAAAUUAAGCAAAGAGACUCUCACUUCAUCUCGUAAAUGCAAUAAGAGGCGAAAAGUGAAGGUUUCUCCAGAUUCAGAAAUAGAACCAAAAUUGAGGAGGCACAAGUUUAAGAGUGCGCAACACUUACAUUCUGGGAAUGCUGUUAAUGGGAAUGAAAGCUCAGUCAGAAGAUCAUCUAGACUUGUUCGCGAAAGAAAGACUGUGGAACCUAUGAAUAGGGCUCAUGUUGAAGAUGCUGGUAAAUAUGGUAGUUCUGCUGCUACAAAUGGACAUCUCCCCCUUAGCAAAAGACAACGUCAAGAGGAUUAUAGGACUAUCAUACCCAUUGCUCAUCGGACUAGGCAGUGCAUAGCAGUAAAUUCAUUGAAAAAAACUAGGAAUUCAUCCGAUGAUUCUGAAGGAGGGAAAGAUGGCAUAUUGAAGGUUGCUGUUCUGGAGGACAAAAGGAAAAGGAGAAGUUCACAUGUGGAUGCAUCUAAUGUGUUGAUUCAUGCAGAAACACAUUCUAAAUUAGAUUCAAAUCAAAUUGGUGAAGCCAGUAAAGGCAAGGUAAGUCGAGAAGAGCAACAAGGUUAUAGUUCACCACAUGAAGAAUUAGCUGCUACAGCCAGUUGUAUGAAAUUAGGUGCAUUGAGCUAUCCGAAAGGAAGAAGAACACGUCGGAACAUGUCAAGACACUUAAGUAAGGUGGAUAACCUAAAUGGCCCAUCCUCUGUAAGUGAUGGGGAAGAAGUUAACAAGCAAUCUGUUACAGUACAACAAAGGAAUAAUGACAAUGUUAAAAGUUCUUGUAUCAAACUUGAUGUGAAGAGGAAAACACAAUCAGCUGCAUACCCUUGUCCAUUUUUGCCCUCUGCAGAAAAGAAGGCUGAAGAAAAUUUGUUAAGGAUAGAUCAUUCUGGUUCGGCUGAUGCUAAUGAUAACUUGGAUUCAAUGGGUAUGAAUGGAAAUUUAAUUCCUAAAAGCCAGAUUGGAUCCAAGGCCUCCAUGCAGCCUGGCAAGAAAGAUGAAACUACUGAACAUGAAGAAGUAAAUACCAUGUUAGCAGCAUCACCAAGUGAGAAAGCUACGCCAUCUCAUUCAGCAUGUACUACACCCAGUAAUGGCACACCCAUAAACGCAGCAUCACCUGUUUGUUUGGGUAAUGAAUAUCCCAAACAGUCCUGCAGAAAGAGCCUAUCAAGAUCGUGCCUCAAGAAAGAGCUUACGAGAUUAGGUGCCACCAAAGCAGUACCUACUCCUGCAUUAAAAGAUUUGAGAAGAAGAAGAGAUAUAACUACUGUUCGAGUAUUGUUCAGCCACCACUUGGAUGAGGAUAUAAUUAAGCAGCAGAAGAAGAUUUUGGCACGCCUACGUGUUCCACUUGCCUCCUCUUCUUCUGAUGCCACGCACUUUGUAGCUGAUAAGUUUGUCCGUACAAGAAAUAUGUUGGAAGCAAUUGCUCUGGGUAAGCCAGUAGUGACACAUCUGUGGCUUGAGAGCUGCAGGCAAGCCAGCUCCUUUAUUGAUGAGAGAAACUACAUACUGAGGGAUUUCAAAAAGGAAAAGGAGAUUGGUUUCAGUAUGCCAGUUUCAUUGGCACGUGCAAGCCAAUGUCCACUUUUACAGGGUAAGCAAGUCUUCAUUACGCCAAAUAUAAAACCUGGUAAGGAGUUGAUUGCAAGCUUGGUCAAGGCAGUUCAUGGCCAGGCAGUUGAAAGAAUUGGGAGAUCUGCAGUUAAGGAUGAUAAAGUUCCUGAUAAUCUGUUGGUUCUUUCUUCUGAAGAAGAUUAUGCCAUCUGUGUGCCUUUACUUGAGAAAGGAGCAUCGAUAUACAGUUCGGAGCUUCUACUCAACGGAAUAAUCAUACAGAAGCUGGAGUAUGAGAGGCAUCUUCUCUUUGUGGAUCAUGUUAAGAGGACUCGCUCCACAAUAUGGUUGAGAAAAGAAGGGAAUCAAUUCCUCCCUGUAACUAAAUGUAAAUAGCAACCCACCCCCUUUCUCUGUCAAAAACCUUCUGUAUUUUGUCAUUUUUCUUUUAGUUGUUAAGUUAGCAGCCAAUGUUCUGUACAGAUUUGUAGUGUGAGUUAGGUUUUAAGAUGUCCUAGUCCCCUUUACAUUGGCCAUUUUGCAGUGUUUAAACACCCCCAACCCUUUCCCCUCUUUUCUUAGAAUGGAAGUUUACUGUUGAUGCUUAUUUA